AUGGGGACCAGUGCUUCAGCUAUAAGUGAGACUCCAGGCGGGGACUUACGCCUGCCAGCAUCAGGACUACGGUUCAGUGCUCAUCAUCUCAGAUCUCUCAACGCAUACAUUGAAACAUUAUAUGAGGAAGAUCAGAAAAACCGAAUGUCAGUGUCAACGGAGAUGAUGGUGGAAGCCCUCGUUCAAAAACUUGUGGAUGGAGCUGGGCAGAGGGACCCUCGGUUUCGUUGUAGUCAUCUGAUCGCCUUGCACCGAGGGAAGAAGAUGCGGUCUAGAUCUCUAGAAUACCUGGUCACCAUCGAUUCUUUACCACCUCUUAACACGGAUGAUGACUGCCGUCUCCAAGAAAGCCCAGUGGGCUAUGGGAAGGUACGCUUGUCUGGUCGAGAGGCAGACAAAUGGGGAGAGUUCCUGACCUCAGCGGGUUAUUUAUGUAGGGAUAAAAUUGUGGAGAGAUGGGUGCAAUUGAUAGCCCGUUGCGCGCAGUCGCGCGGAGGCGGCGCUUCAAGAGUCCUCUGCGCACGCGCGCAUCAACAUGCUUUACCGUAUUCCUACUGCUAUCUCGAAACAUCACACCAGAGCUCAACAGAGCGUCGACUGGCGAUAGUGGAAGGUCCGGCCUGGGUGAUGCUACGUGUCGGGGUGGGAGAGGCGGAGGCCAAGUUGAUGCUGGGCGCAAGGGUGGGCGGAUGCAGCCCCCACGCGUAUACCAGUACUGUACCCAUCACUCAUCCGUUGGCUUUGCUUCAUUAUACCGCUGCUAAAGGGGGCUACUACGCAGUAACGGUAGGUCCACCAUCAUCAAUGGUGUGUGCUGAACGAUCUUCCACCUGGCAAUUGUGGCAUCCGGCGUUGGAAGCCACAUUGGACUCGCAUUGUGCGGAGUAUUCUCAUGUGGGAAAAUUGGCUGGAGCCUUGAAUGUGUUGGUUGACAAGAUGAGAGAAGGAUGCUAUGAGGGUUCUCUCCAACUGCUAAGUCGUUAUGCAGUCAGUUGCGCUCUCCGGCGCCGCCUCUAUCGAUGUUCCACCUAUAAAAGUACCACUGCAAGGGCCUGUCUCACUUCCCAUGUCUCCUAUCAUCUUCUACUAAUUUUAGAUGACCUACUUCAGCUGUGUUCAGGCGGUGGUGUCACCGGUUUUGUAUACCCCGUAGAGAAAGGUUGCCUCGUCAGAAGAGCGGCGAGAGACAUCAACUGGACUGCUGAUAUCACGGCUCUCACUCGAUGUCUGCAAUAUUUGCAUAGAAUUACUGGAGACGAAGAAAUUCCUAAAUCUCCCUCUGAAACAUUGGAAACAGCGAUCUUUAGUAAAUGGGAGAGACUCUCACACGAAGUAAGAUGCACUGGACCUGGGAGUUAUACGAAGAGACAAUUACGAUAUUUGAAUAGAGUCACAUCAGAAUUGGUGCGGUGCAAGCGUUCUAUUGCAUAUGAAAGUCAUAGUACAUUUCGAGCCAACCUCAUUCAAGUUACGGCAAUGAAUUUAGAAUCUGUCGAAGAUUUGAUUCACAUAAUGGCGAUAAUUUUGGAUCAAGCGCGUGAUGUGUAUUUGAAUAAUGUUAAAAGUAGAACAGUUGGAGAGUUUGAAAGGGAGUUGACGGCUUAUAGGUCCAAAAAGUGGAAUAAAUUGAAAGACUACUACGAUGCAUCGUCAGCGUGUUUAAUAGACGCUGUGAGACGAGACAAGGACGUGAGAGAGGAAGACCUCACAGAAGACACGAGUCUCAUGAAUACUGUAUUACACUGGCUUUAUAAGGGUGCAAAAGAAGAUAAGAAAUACCUUGGCCCAGUUCUAAAACCAUUUUUAGAUGAUUUAUUUGUGUCAUCAUUAGAAAACUCAUGGUUUUCGGAAGACUUUAUAUCGAAAAAUAGUGAUUUGGAAAUUGACGGAUUGAGGGAAUACUGUAUGGGGGUUCAUGAAGGAGUAAUAGAACCGCGAAAGGGACUGGUCGAAGUGGCAAAGAAGCAAGCUUGGGCUAAAGCGAUUGUGGAUUUUGUUGAUAGACACCGACUUGUUGAUUUCCGUUUAAUAUUUCCAACCGGCGAUGGUCUAGCGGUAUCAUAUCCUCUUAAGCUAUCUUCUAGAAGAGACCAAGCAAGGACUUUGACGCUGAAUAGACGGGAUAAGGCUGAAGCUAAACUGAAAUUAGCAAAACGAUGUGUUGUUAACGCAUUUAAUGAUGUCCUUGUUGGAAAACGAUUUAACAAUAAACAGAACCACCAUGGUAGUACCGACGAAAUUUUAACUUGCGCGAAAAACGGUAGCUUUUGGAGAACUACCAAACCAGAUAUUAUUCCAUCAGCGUCAAGCACUUUGGAGGUACCGAAGGUCAGACGUAGACGUCCAGCCACUAUGUAUGGGUUUCCAGAAAUUUCUAUCACCAACCAAUCAGAUACAAAGACGAUGCGACGAAAAUACCAUACAUUGAAGAGCUUGGUGUACUCAGACCAGGUAGACGUUAAAGAGAUGCGCAGAAGACCGAGAUCUGCUGGGUCUUCUAUGAAAAAUAAGGAGCCAUUGAGUAGACCAAGUCUUUUAGAGACUCUUGAUUUUAUUAAUAGCGUAAAGGAUGCACUUUGCGUAGAAGAGUCAGGCGUGUCGGAUGUAGAAGAUAGCGGCUGGAGCGUAGAAGAUGAAUGGGUUCUCACUCAAGUCACUCCACUUAACAUGAUAACAACAAGCGAAACGGGAACAUUACAUCUUUUGCUGUCUGACAUUAUACUUUCUGCUUUACGAAGAGGAUGUUUUACGAUGUUGCAAGAAUUGUGUUUGUUUCUUGGUGAGUCGAGCGAAGGAGCGUUAUUCUCGCUCCAUCGACUGUCACGCGCCGCUCGGGCCAGGAGUAGCGAGCGUGUUAAUAGUACCUGGAAGCUCCCCGAAGCACAGUUGCCCAUAAUAACACAGCAGUACAAAGUACGACCACCUGAUUAUUUCUCUGGAGAUGAAACACAACCUCCCCCUAUACCUAAGCGAUCUACCUCUAACGAAAUAAUCAAACAGUACGACUGUUCACCUAGAAUAGAAAUCAAGCCAUCCACAGGCAUAAUUAAUCCCAUAUAUGACAUAAAAAUACCAAAAGAUAAAUUUGUGAAACGAACGAAAUCGUUAAGUAGGACGCCCAGUACCAAGAGUGAUAAUUUAACUUUGCGUAAAAACAAAACAAAUGACGUACACAAUGCUAUAGAGGGGAUCGAAAUGAAAAAACAUUUUCUCCAACGAUAUAAUGGGAACGGCACUAUUGGUUCAUAUAGAAUUAGUAGGAACAAUAUUGAAUAG